AACCAAUUGCUUCAGCCAAGACAACACAGGUUGUGCCUUGCAAAACACAAACUCUUUGUUUAUUUUCAACAUCUCGCUUCCUUAUUAUAACUUCACAAUGAACGCUUUCCGCUGUAUGAGACCUGUGGCUGCUAGAGUGCCUUUCCAACGGUCUACUCUUCCUCGAGUCGCCCGAGCUUAUAGCUCCAAGACCUACGAAUAUAUCCAGGUUUCACAGCCCAAGCCUGGUGUCGGCCAAGUGACACUGAACCGUCCCAAGGCCCUCAAUGCUCUCUGCACACCUCUUAUCAAGGAACUUAACCAGGCUCUCCUUGAAUUCAAUGCAGCUGAUGACACUUCAGUCAUUGUUUUGACUGGAUCCCAAAAGGCUUUUGCCGCUGGUGCUGAUAUUAAGGAGAUGGCUCCUCUCACUUUCGCUGAAGCUUACACUAAUUCCUUCAUCGAGUCUUGGUCCGACCUCACUACCCAAAUCAAGAAGCCCAUCAUUGCUGCUGUUUCAGGUCACGCCCUAGGCGGAGGCUGUGAGCUGGCUAUGAUGUGUGACCUUAUUUACUGUACCGAGAAUGCCAACUUCGGUCAGCCUGAGAUCAAGCUCGGUACUGUUCCUGGUGCUGGAGGCAGCCAACGCCUUACCCGUGCCAUCGGCAAGUCAAAGGCUAUGGAGCUCAUCCUUACUGGCAAGAACUUCUCUGGAGUUGAUGCUGAGAAGUGGGGACUCGCUGCCAGAACUUUCCCAACUCAUGAAGCUUUGAUGGAGGAGACUCUCAAACUUGCCGAAACAAUUGCUGGCUACUCCAAGGUCGCCGUUCAAGCCGCUAAGGAGGUUGUCAACAAGAGUCAGGACCUUCCUCUUCGCGACGGUGUCGAGUUUGAGCGACGAGUAUUCCACAGUCUGUUUGGUAGCCAGGACCAAAAAAUCGGUAUGAAGGCAUUCGCAGAGAAGAAGAAAGCUGAGUGGAGCCACUCAUGAGGAAGAUAAUGCGACAGAUGUUUAGAUCAGGGUAUGUCUUUACUCGCAGUGAGUGAGACAAAUACAUAAUAAUCUAAGCACAAAUGAAUAGAAAGUCGGCGAAACAGGCAUCAUGAUGUGCCACCGUGUAUACAUGGCCAACACACC